AGCUUCUGUUUGUUGUUAUCCUGCGGUAGCUACUGGAGCUAGCUAACUAGCUAAUCCACAUUUGGACCUAGAACUAGAAGACAACCCUAAACUCCCACUGAGCUAGCCUGGCUCGCUCUUGCGCAUCUGUGUUCGCGCUUGUGCAUGAUUGUGCGUCCAUGUACUUGGAAUGGGUGGAGUCAGCGUUGAAGGAGAGGGACCAUUCCAGUUGUGUGUUUUCAAAAUCUGCUGGCGUUUCGCAAAUCCCAUAUCCAACCAUUAAAACUCAACUUCACAGUCGCACCAACGUGAACCGCUAGCCGUCAUGUUUAUUGUUUAAUGGGAAAGAAGGGUCGCAUGGACUAUACGUCAUCCAGCUCAGUUUGCGUAGCCGUGCGUGUGCGUGUGUCGGGUCAUUAGCAUCUGCACCGUGGCCUGAGUACACCUCCCAAGUGUGCUCAGGCCAAGGAAGGGAAGUGGACUUGAGUACAGUUGAUGCACUCACACUAGCCAAACAAUCUAGACUUGAGCAAGGUACAGGUGUGAGAUGCACCCUCACACACACACACAUAUUCUAGUUUUUACCGUUCUUCCAUUUAAAUGUUUAUUUACUUUGUCAAACUUCCUUGCAUGUCUCAGUAAAAAUGCUGGUCCAGGUGAGGUACGGCCAACAGCAGAAAUAUGUGAAGUUGGAGGAGGAUGAAGGACGGUUUGACUUCCUGCAAUUCCAGGAAAAAGAAUUCUCUGACAGCUCCUUAUGUUCUGCUUCUGGGCUGUCUGACUCAAGCUUCAGCUCAAGUACAUCAACUGUGAACAUAGAUGAGGUCUAUAGCAAGAGACAAAGAAUCGAGGAUACACGUAAUCGUGAUGCUGCGUCUGCCAAACAGUUGAUUGAAGCUGUGCUGAGAGGCAAAUCCGGAGGUGAAGAAGUACUACAGGAGUACCAAACAACAGAAACCCUGACAGAUGCUGCAAGAAGACAGAUGGUUAACAUCCUGGUGGCUCACAUGAUUGACAAUCAUGGGCACCUUCCCACUAAAGAAACCAGAGAGGAUUAUGCACAUGGGAUAGUGAUGCUGUUCCCUUCCCUCAGGGAUCCAUAUUCCAAGAAGGGCUAUGAACACUUCUAUGAUUCUGCAAGCAGCACAGGAUACAUUUCUUGGCGUCUGAAAACAGUUCAGAGGAAGAUUCGUCAAGGAUCUGCAGUGCCACCAAAUAGCGCUAUUUGCUUUUCUCCAGGAGGCCCAAAUUUCCAAAGAACUGUUCAUGUUGAAAGGCAGCUUGAUGGUGAUGCUUGCCAAGAGGCCAUGUCUUUGCUCAACCAUACCACAGACAAUUCCCUGAUUUUCCAGAAGAUGAGAGAGACCUUUCUGCACCGUCAGAAGCUCGUUAAUGACCCAGGCAGAAGUGUUGAUAUCCUCUCCAGCUUCCCAAGAUUCCUGGAUACAAAAGGAUUGGUGGACCAAGACUUCACUCUCCUAUUUGAUGAUGACACAUCCUCCAGGCUUCUUCAGAAAUGGGAUUUGUUCUUCAAGCCAAAUGUCAUAAAAGAGGCUAAGCAGCUCACUUCAACACCAGAGUUGCGUCACUUGGUGCAGUCAGCAGAAAGUCCCCAAGGAGAUGAUCUUGAUGAGGAAACAACCUACGACCAAGAAAUGGCCUCUCUGUUGUUGCUGUUACAUCUCCUUCCACCACCUCCAGGGGGACUGAAGUCUCCAAAAAUGAGUGCAUCUGAUGCAGUUGAGAGACUUGUUGUCUUUCAUAAGGUAUUUAUAUUAUUACGUUGAUUAUAAUAAUUGUCACGUCACCUUCUUAGCCACAUGUAAAUGAGGGUUGCUAAAAAAUUGGAUGGUAUUUUAAUUAAGUCUUCAUUCCCAUCCUGCACUAGCCAAUGAGAAGUACUAGUAGCAUUAGUAUUGAGGUUUUGCCAGAGUCUGUGUUAAGA